UGUGAUCCCUCUAAAAAAUCGCCCCACCAGUCAGCGGCUUAUAACGUGCGAGGCUGCAUGUACUCCCCUACUUUCGGCUUUUCUCCCUCUUCGCUUGCGCAAUGUAUUCAUGAGGAAACCGUAAAGUGUUAAAUGUUUGAAAUACAAAACCGCCGAAUUUCACAUGCUGAAAAAGGACUCCGCUACUCUUGUGCGCGGCACUGGUGUGUCUGUGCAAUAGACUCUGCAAAGAAAAACUACUCUCACACGCCUGCAAGUCCGUGGCUGCAAAAAGGACGCUGAAACCCUAAAUUUUCAGUUUCAAGACAAACGCUUAAAAAUCAAACUGGCUCACGUUCUUCCCAACCAACCCAGUUUGACAGCUGCGCUUCACCCCGUUUGGAGGACUGUCAGCAGCAAGAGGAUGGCAUCAGAGCUGGCAAUGAGCAACUCCGACCUGCCCACCAGUCCCCUGGCCAUGGAAUAUGUUAAUGACUUCGAUCUGAUGAAGUUUGAAGUGAAAAAGGAGCCGGUGGAGCCCGAUCGCAACAUCAGCCAGUGCAGUCGCCUUAUCGCCGGGGGAUCCUUGUCUUCCACCCCGAUGAGCACGCCGUGCAGCUCGGUGCCUCCUUCCCCAAGCUUCUCGGCACCCAGUCCGGGCUCGGGGAGCGAGCAGAAGACACACAUAGAGGAUUUCUACUGGAUGUCCGGUUAUCAACAGCAGCUGAAUCCAGAGGCGCUGGGCUUCAGCCCCGAAGACGCAGUCGAGGCGCUGAUCAACAGCACUCACCAGCUCCAGUCAUUCGAUGGCUAUACCAGGGGCCAGCAGUUUGCUGGCGCAGCCGGAGCAGGAGGCACCAUGGCCGGGGAAGAGAUGGGGUCCGCCGCGGCGGUGGUGUCUGCAGUCAUCGCUGCAGCAGCCGCUCAGAACGGAGGGCAACACCACCACCACCACCAUCACCACCACAGCAGCAACCACCACCAGGCACCUGGCGUCCAGUCCAACGGCACUUCUGGGACAAUUCACCCACACAUGCGCUUGGAUGACCGGUUUUCAGACGACCAGCUGGUCACCAUGUCAGUGAGGGAGCUCAACCGGCAGCUACGGGGGGUCAGCAAGGAAGAAGUGAUCAGAUUGAAACAGAAGAGGAGGACCCUAAAGAACAGAGGCUACGCUCAGUCCUGCCGGUACAAGCGGGUCCAGCAGCGGCACGUCCUGGAGGGAGAGAAGACGCAACUCAUCCAGCAGGUCGAUCACCUAAAGCAGGAGAUCUCCAGGCUGGUCCGGGAGAGGGACGCGUACAAAGAAAAGUAUGAGAAGCUCAUCAGCAACGGCUUCAGAGAAAAUGGAUCCAGCAGCGACAACAACCCCUCAUCCCCGGAGUUUUUCAUGUCAUCAAGAAAAUUCCUCCAUCUGUGAUUUCAAGCCCCAUUCCUCCGUGCCCUUGGCUCUCUGAGAUAACCUAACGACUGAGCAAUGAUGACAUCAGAGCGGCUGACCAAUCGCACGAAGACACCUACAAAGCACAACAUUCAAAAAUGACUUCACUAAAGAAUAAAAGACAAGGCCCGCUGAAAUCCCUUAAAAUCCCUACAGUGAAAUUCUCGAAAGCCUCUUACUACUCCUGUUUCCCUCCCUGAUAUUUUACCUCCAGCUUUUUUCUACAAAUUACGAAGAAAAUAAAAAAAAACCAAAAAAAAAAACCAGACAGACUCAUACUCAUGAGAUGGUUGACAACGUCAGAUAAAUACAUUGGAAGGACUAUUUUCGCUUUGGUGGGAAGAUCAUUGAUGCAUGCUUCUGUAAAUAGAUCAUAAUAAGACCCUAUUCUUAUUCCUACUAUAGGAAACAUACAAAGUUGCUCUCACCAACAUAAAUCUUCAUGACUGUGGAUAGAGUACUCAUGGUUCAAUAUUUUCCAUAUAAAGUCAGUAUUCUUCUUACUUCCCCAGAGACCAUGUAAUUAUCAUUUCCAGUAUCAUCUCUCUAUUCUUUGGAGUUAUUUGGACUGUAAAAAAUGUACUUCCUAUUCUUCUUAUUCUCUUUACAUAAUGGCCUAGUCUUCCUCUCCAAUAUCCACACUAGUACAUGUAAAUAGAGAUGAAUGAAGACAACAGCAUGGAACAGACUAUAGUGUAUAUUUACCACUCCCCUAGUAGAUCACAAAUGUCAAUAUGUGGAUAUUUCAAACAACCUUUUUAAAAGUUUAAAAUACUUGAACUUGUUUUCCAAUAGUAGACAUAGUCCCAGGUAUCAGGACACUUUUCCUAUGUAUUUGAAUAGAUGCAUAAAGGCAUUAGCUUUAGGUAAUGUUAUUAUUUGACAACCUUAGAAGGAUUAUAAGGCAGCAAUUUAUUUGGUAUAAUCAAUCAGUUCCAUCAUGGAAACAAACUGAAGAGGAAAAGCAGGCAAUUCACCCAAACCAUGAGUCUACCUUGGUACUUCUAAAUAUUAUUAAAUAACAUAUCUAAAUAUUGAUAUUUUGUUUUAUAUUUUCUCUCAAUUUUCUCCCAAUAUCUACCUACUUAUUCUUUCCCAUUGCAAUAAUUGCCCUCUCCUUCCCCAUGUGCAGGGUUGUAACUGCUGUAGCAAAGCUGCUGUCAGCCUGAGAGGGACACUUUUUUUCUUUGCAUGGUUUGAAACGGUGCUCCGAACCUGAGCCUACACAUUGAGGAAGAGAACACCUCAUUGAUUGCAAUGAGGACUCUGACCUCCGUCUUCUAUGGACUAUGAAGAUAACCAAAUGGACUGACAGAUAAUAUGCCAAGCCAAUGAACAGACAACCUCAAAGGUUAACCCAUCGCUGGUGAAGACAGAAAACCUUUGCAUGGACAACAGGAAAAAUACUAGGUUGUUGAACACCUCAUCUCCACCAUUGUGCAUCCUCUACCUCUCAGUGUGUGCUGUGCAUCCAGAAAAUCAUGACUUAUCACUGACCCCCCCCCCCGCCACAGCCCACUUCUCCACUGCAUGUCCCCAGAGCCUCAUGAGGAGAGUGUUGCCCAGCGUUGAAUGCUACUGAUGGACGCACAUGGCAAUGGGGAAAACAUAACAAACACACUCACAUAAGAGCGCAUGUAUACAGAUGCACAAUCAUACACAGCGCCACUCACAUAUGUUGCUGUAUAUAUGUACAGUAUAUCCACUAUGUAUAGUCUCAGAUGCUGUUCUUUGCAUGCUGACUUGUCAAUGGAAUGUGAACCAUUAUUCAUUCAAGAGGUUGUGCAGGGAGGCCUAUUCACUGGAUUGACUCUCUAAACCAACGCAAGCUCUUUGUCAGCUUUAAAUCUCCUUACUUUUAUUUGGGAAAAUGUAUAGUAACAUGACAGAAAUAGUUUAACUGCUCCUGUUUCUAUUAUGACAGGUCCUCUUCAGCCAAACAGCAGUGCUGAUAGGUUUUAAACUCUUUGUAGGGACACAUACAGUAACCCGCCGUUGAUGUCAGACAGAACCUGACCACAGUGAGUGUGGGUAGGAGAAGAGAAGAGGGAAGGCAAACUGGGGCGCUCCAAUUAAGUGGCAGCACACAAAGUGGCAUGGGGCAUCCUGCCAGCAACUGUCUAUUCAUCCUAUGUCAAAGGGAUUUGCACAUCUCAAUGAGUCUAUGCACUGCCAGAGAAGUCCGAGAGCAGAGGAGAGCAGAGAAAGGCAGCAAGGCUUAGGAGAAAGGAUGGGGGAGAAAAAGAAAUGAUUUUGACCAAACUUUAAGGUUGUACUGAGCUUUAUGUUCAAGUAUUCUCCAGGUCUGUCCACCUAUAGAAUAUUCUUUUCUGACCUGCAGCCACCUUGGAGAGUUCAAUAACCCCUUGACCUCAAACUGUUACAGCGUCAUGUAGCUCUCUUGGCUGUCAGGACCUCACGUCCUGUCUGAGGUUAACUUUGUGUUAAUGAGCAUGGCCCUCAGCUCAACCAGAUGUUCAGCCUUGUGGUUAAAUACGUGUUACCCUUCUAUCCCAAUGAUUCUUCAAUGCAACUGCUGCACUCUCUCUGGUUACAGCUCCACUAACAACUUCACGUGUGAAAGAUCAUGUUAAGUAAGGAAAAGUUAGAUUAAAACUGUAUAACAGGUGUGUUUCCUUUUGCACUGAAAAUAAUCAAACUGAUCAAAAUGUCAUCAGUGCACCCUAUUUCCUAUACCAAGAAAAAUAGUCAUUUUACAUUACAUUCUACAUUCGCAUGACUCGUUGUGCAGCCAAUUUAUAUGAAGAAAUCUUCUUAAUUCAAAUACUGUCAGAGCACACUGAAUCACAUGAGGGUAUUUACAGUCAACAUGUAAACAGACUUGAAAUUAGGACUUAUGACUUAGCAGUGAUUAUUUAAAUAAGAUUUAAAAUACAGGAAGGAUGAAGACGUCACUCAAACAUGAGACGUUGUAUGUGGUAGGAAACAAGACAUUGAGCAAGUGUUGAUCUUCUCUGAGCCUCAAGGCUUUCCACUUUCUUAGAAGUCAAACAAAGCCCUAUUUCUGCACAGCUGUAGGCAAUGUGUGACAGGAUGAUUUUCUUUUCUGUGCUUUUGAAUGCAAGUACUGUAGUACUGCAUGUGUGCUUUUAUCUGGCAAUGACCCUGACCGGGGUCAGUACAUGUACGUAAACAUGCAUAGAUGUACAUGUUCAUGUACAGAAUGUGUGAAAGUGCACAAAAACGCAUAGAUGCACAUCCUUGCUCUUUUUCUCACACACACACACACACACACACACACACACACCCUGCUAAUCUAAACAGCAAGGCUGUAUGUAAACAGAUCGUCGACAUAAUGGGAUUGUUCAGUGUGCAAACAAUAAGCUGUUAGCGUAAUCACAGGUCAAAGAUAUAUUACCCAGAGGGCCACGCUGUAGGUAUAUUAACAUGAUGGAUAUGUGGGAGAGAGGAGGGGGGCAGGGAUAUGAAGGAUAUAGAGCACUACUGAUUCAGAUUUACCCCCUAUUGGGCCCCAUCCACUGCCUUUCUCUCCUCUACCUCCCUCGUAUGGGCCCCACUUAAUCAGCCUUCCUCAUUCUCUUCUUGCUCCUUCCCCCAUUCACAUACCUCUCUUUUAGACACUAGGUUCCUACCUUUCUUUGCCAUUUCUCUGCUCAAAUACCUCACCCCUGUCUUUUUCUAUCUUCAUUCCCUCCAUCCUAUCUCCCAUUUCCCUCUUGUUCUGGAUAGAUAUAAUCUCUUUCAGCAAAGCUGCCCAUCCAUCUCUGUGGUCAGAGCAGGAUAAAGCAGCUCCACAAUCUUGUUUUUAGAUUAAGCAAAGAGGGGUCUAAGUCACAUUGGGCCAUUGAGAUGCUUCACCCAUGUCUGAUACAUAAACAAGAACAAGGAAGACGGCAAGAGACAGAAAGACAGCAUUUUGUAGCAUCAAGUUAGAGAUAUUCAUGUAUGUUUAUAUUUCUAUGAACAAUGUGAUAAGUAAAACAGCUAUAUAGUUGAUAGAGAUGAAUCCACACACCCAUGCCCUAUUAUUUCCACUUAACCAUGUUGAAAGUACCAUGCUCGUUUGUCUCAAUGAGUAGCAGCAUACAAGUGCCAUGUCAGUCAAGAUAAAUCCUGUGUAGCUUAUGCCACUGCAUAUACAGCUUAUUAACUUAUCUCCGCUUUAUUUGAUUACCAUCUAGCCCAUUCUCUCAACUGGUUAAUAAGUCUAUGUCCUCCUGACUAAACACUCCAUUAGUGUCAUCACUAGCUUGUGUGUGUACUGCGUACGUCUGUGGACCACUGAAGCAGAUACACAUUGGGGCCAAGUGACAGAGUAAAUACAGAGGCAGAACACUGGGGAGAAAAACAACCUGUAAGCCAGACUUAAUACUCAAUAGGUGCAAAGGUGACUAUAUUAGUCAAGACCCUCUGUCUAAUGGACAUUUGUCUUAAGAUGUGGUUUAAGGUUUUUGUAUGGACAACCCAUAUAAAAUACAACACAGUCACAGCCACAGAGAUACACUAUGUCUAAAUAUUUUAAGCAAACAGCUAUUACAUUUCAACCAGGCAUACUAGUAACAAUUUAAUUUUGACUAGUAAGAAUGUAACUUUGACCAGUUGAAAUGCUAAUAUGAUGAUGAUAUAUGCAACAUUUUCGGCUAGUCAAAACGCUACAAUAAAUUCACUUCACAUUGCAUAAUAGAGUUACAAAGUGGAAGGAGCCGUUUGGGUGAAAAUGUAAAAUUCCUAUUAAUUUUCUUCCACAGAGAAUGUCAUGUGACUUAGUUGGAGCGCUUUUACGGCUUAAAUGGGCAUGGGACUCUCCCGCUUGAAUCAUCAGUACAAAAGAUUAACAACUGCAUUAGAAAAUAUCUGGUUCUUUGAUAAAAGUUGAAGGUAGAAGCCUGCGUGCAUAAAAGCUUUAAGGGAGAAGAUAACUACGCCUUCCAGUGUGCAUUUCAGCAAGAGACAUCCAAUCACAAGGCUUAAAAUUCUGUUACGUGCGUUGCUAAGAGAGUAAAAACUAAAGUUUACAGUGUUUACAACCUGAAAAUACAAUCUGCAGCUUAAAUGAAUUCACUUUUGGAUUCUGGAUCAAUUCUGGAUGAAUUCAGCCAUUAUGGCACCAUGUUUUAUUCCCAACUGCAAAGACGAAGGGUUUUGAAUUUGUUACCGCUCUGAUUUGCACCUCUGGCUGGCAACAGUGGUCGAGGCUCAUGGGUAUUGUAGUAUUUAGAGCCGUCUGCCAUGUCAAACUGGAAGACAAUAUGAUUUCUCAGAAUCAAAGUUGAAAUAAUUCAAACUGGUGGCCAUGACACAAACCUAUAUGCUUGUUACAUUUUCUGGGAGACCCCUGUGUUUCUAUAUUAAGUAACGUUGAGGAUAAUGUUGAAAGAAAUUCAUAGUGGGAAAAAAAACACUUAUGGAACCAGCGGCUCCUCCCAUUUACCAACUCUAUUACCAACUCUAUAAUGUAGAAAUAUGCAGCAGCACACACAUCCACGCUCUUUUCUUCUCUCUCUCACAUGCCCACAAACACACUCUGUUCCUGUGUGUGUCUGGUGGGGUGUCAUGAUUAACGAUGACCUCAAGCCAGACAUGGCUGGGGUAGUGGGAGUGGGGUCAAAGGUGAAAGGAUUACAGUGAGGCAACCCGUGUCAACUGCUCUGCUUUAAUCCUGACCUCCAAGCCGACCCGAGACUCUUGAAAAAUCAUUCACGUGCAUGAGCCCGAUAUAGUGUGUACAUCCUCACAUUAUUCACAGAAUUACUGACUUGUUUGGGUAUUUUGACUGAAAAAGAACUGAAAUGUUUGGCAUGUAGCCUAUAAAGCAGAAUGGAUUUGAAUGUAGAGAUACAGUGGAUGAGGGUUGUUCUAAUAGCCAGACAGCAGCAAAGACAAAGCAGACCUCCUUACGUCACAUAGCUAAUGACAGGGACGAAUAAAAAACCUUUAAGUCCCUUACUCCCACCUCAUUCUGGCCUGCACAUAAGCUUGUGCUCUAGCCAUCAAGCCCCUUGCUGAGAUGAGAUGGGCUCCCAAGAAGAUUUGGGGUGGAGAAUCAGAUUAACCAAAAUGCCUCAAUUGGAGUAAAUGCUCUGGGCUGACCUCAGUGUAAUACCACUGAUAAAUGCUGUAAACCAAAUCUUUAGCAUCUUAUUAGGUAAUGGAGGAAAACACAUCAUUUUAGCAAUCAUUAGCUGUGGUGAAAUAGCCCAAACCUUCACGUAAGGGUUGUAUGUGAAUAUAUCAAAACACAAACAGGCUGAGUUUGUCAUGAGCUGUAGGGACUUUUACAAAUACCCAAGUUGCCAUUAUAGAAAUAAAUAAAUAGGGAAAUAAUAAAUCGCCAGAAGCUGUGGACAGGUGGCAUUUCAGCUUGCACCGUUUAGCUGUGCAGUCUGGUUUCUGACAGCUUGAUUUAGUCUCCUGCACCUGAGCCAGAAAAGAGAGAAAAUUAACGGCAGGAUAAACAGCUUAACUAGACUCCAAUGCCUCCAAUUGCCUGGACUUUCUGGUAGCCGAACCAAGGUUAUUGUGAUCAUACAAAGAUUGUGCGCACUCAUGCGGGGUCAGGUACACGGGGAAGUUGAUGUGAUUUACCUUACUCUGCCAUCUGAGCCUGGUACUGUUUUGGGGGGACAUAAGGGUUUGUCUUUAGGGUAUAGAGUGGAGAAUAAAGUGGUUCAAGGGGAGAUGCUAGGAUGCUGCUCUCCCUGCUGUGAACAGGGUGUAAUCUUUAAAGUGAAAAGUUUGUAACGUCCAAAAAGUUACACAUACAUCCCUUCUGGGCCCCCUACAGAGCAGAGAGUGUGUGACAGCAGGGGAUAACCAUAUGCUAUCAAAGUGUUCUUCAAAGCUCCCGUCUUUAGUCCACUAAAUUAUACAGUGUCAUCACAUACACCUGACAAAAAUAGAAGAAACAUAAUUAUGCAGCUCAACGUACUAACAGUAAAAAACAAAUAUCUUAAAAAUAUGUUUUAAUAAAUGUGUUACCUUGGAACUGUGAUGGGACAUUUUUUAAUUUAUUUUCUGGAAUUACUUUGUUUAAACUUUGUUUAAACAGUAGCUAUGUCCCAGUAAUGUGGGCCAGCUCAUGAUUUUGUAUUCACAUGCUUUUAAAAUACUGCUGCUGGUGGACAAUUAAAAAUUUAUGAUUCCUAUCACAAUGAACCCCUUCUCUGUUACCAGAGGUUAAUUUGUGCCCGCCCCUCAUUUCAAUUGUACUGUAGUAAAUGUCCACAUUAUUUCCCACAUGGGCCUGGAUGAGGGGUUUGAUUAUCCAAAGGUAGGCCUUGGUUGGCUCUCUUAUUGUCAGAGGGGUCGUAAGCUGAAGUAACGGCUUCUAGGGUCUUAUUGCUAUGGCGAUCAGCCCCUUGCCACUUGGCCUCCAUGACCCCAGUCAGAGAUAAGCUUUAUGGGAAAGCACAUUAACAUGCUCCUGCAGUCACCUCCCUCCUUUAUCAAAGGCAGUUCUGUGAAAUCAAGUGUUUAUGGACCCCCAGUGAGGGUAUAGUGCUGCUGAUUGCCUAUAUUAGAGGUGGAGUGUAAAUGAGCUGGAGGUGGACACAGGACCUGUAGUAGUGGGGAGAAUUGAGGAUGUGAUACCGAUGUUAUUCUCACUAAAUGAGCAAUAUCUUUAAUGACUGCAACACCCCAUGAGCAGGUUACUAGCCCCUGGAUUACAAAUAUUGUCUGCAGUCUAAAUAUAGUCAUGUCUUCCAUUCUUUCUACAAAAACGGACAUUACCAUAACAUAAGAGACCAUGUAAAAUGUGCAUAUAGAUAUGAUGCAACAUUAAAUUUUGGAGCUAUUUAUUCUAUCAGCUCUACUGUAUACUACUUACUUAUACUGUAAGUAACAGCAAUUUCGUUUACUGUCUUCUGCAUUGUCUUACACUGAUCCUAUUAACUAAAUUGUCCAAUGGAUGUCUGCUUUAUUUUCUUGCACGAGUUACGUUGAUAUGGGCAUUUUCCUGUGGCUAUGAACGACACUAGGAUAAAAAAUAAAAAAUAAAUACUGAGGUGUCAGUAGUGUGCGCCUGCUCACAGCCUGAUCACUGGCGAAAGAUCCUUUCAGUAUGUCUGCAAUGAUGGAUGGUGAUAGCCCUGUGUCUUUGUACACAUCAGGGGGCCCUACUGUUGUCACUGGACAGAUAGAGGGAGUGAGAAAGAGAAAGAUGUAGCUGCAGCUUAAUGUCCUUCUCUGGUGCUGUGCAUGCUCUUUCCUAUUUGCUUUUCCCUUCACGGCACGGUUAACAUCGUAAAUUAACCUUUCCAAGCCCCCUGUGCUCAGAGACUGGUGCGCAAUACAGACAAAGGAAAAAAAAUAGAUCUGUGUUAUACAAUACAGUAGCACUGGUCAGAGACAUAGCCUGUUACAGAAUUGAGCUAUUCCUUUUUUAGCGAUAGGGAAUAAAACAACACAAUUUGUUCAGUCAAGCAAAGAUUCUAUUUCAUGUGCAUGUCCUGUGUACUCUGCAAAUCGGUAUGAGGCUGCUUUUUUGUUCUCCAUCCUAGAAAUGUAAAUGAAACACAUGAAAGAAAAUGUAUUGUAGAUCCUUCUCUUCUAAGUUCAAGUCUGUAAAUAGGAUGUAAAUACCAAACAGCUAUGCAUGCUAAUAUACAAGCAAUUUGUUCAGGUACUUUUGUAAUCCAGACUUCUCAUAUGGCAUGUAAUAACGAAAAAAAAUCAAACAUGGAAACACAUAAUAAAUUGUGAACACAGAUAUGGUUUGUAAACAACUUCAAAACUGGAAAAUAUAUGUCUUUGCUGUUAAUGUUUUCUUACUGAUAACUAAUGCAUUGGCCUGCCAUUUACUACAGUGCUCUGCUCAUGUUACUUGUUAUCUUUUUUAUGUUUCAUAAGGUAGGGCUAAGGCAAAAACGACCAUAAAUCAUUGGUUUGUGGAAUAGCCGGGCUGGGGAAUAAGAAGAUGAGGGGAAGGAUGGCAGUCUGUCCAUACUCUUUGUAGUUUUUUUCAUUGCCACUGCACGUUCACUUGCAUACACUUAAUUAUUAUUACAUAUCCUUAGUGUCUAACACAGCCAAUAAAAUGCCAUAGCAAAACUGUUGCUUAAAGGCAGUAGAAACUGGGCUGGCUUUUGAGUUAUCACACCAAAAAGACGAAUCACCAGCUUCAAAGUGUGCUGUUAUUUUAAAAUGGCAUACAUUUGUUUCUGAAAAACCAUUAAACAACCUAUGAAGCUGGUACAACAAGCAAUUCUGACUCAUUACAAAUUCUCCAAAUCAUGAUUUGCAAGGGAAAGAGAUUUUGAAAACUUUGACAGUUUUUUUUUCUAAUAAAAUGUCCAGUGAAAAUGACGAUUGUCUAUAUGCCAAAUUUGCCUCUGCCCUAGCAACUCUAAUGUGACAUUUUAUGAAGGCAGCAAUGGAGGAAGUAGGGAGAAAUCUUUUUGGUUUCUAAGAGUGUUUAUUUUCAACCAUGUUAGAACCAUGUUAAAUCCCAAGGCGCUCAUGGUAGAUGGAAGUGUCUAAUUUUUAACCUGUGCUAAAGAUAUUUUAAAUUUAAUAAAUAAUUAUUGUAACAAGAAAA